AGACAUUAAUGACAGACACUGUAAUCGUUCAAAUUGGCCAUUAAUUUAAGUGAUCACUGGGCCAAGCUUCAAACCAUGUCAAUGCCAUUCUUACUGUCAAGCACAUACCUAAUCCUUCUGCUUCACACUUUCCUGAUGGAUAACAGUUAUAAAAUAGGACACGCUUUGUACCAACAAAAACAGAGUCAGUGGCAUCCAGCACAUCAUUCAGUAACAACUUUACAGCUUUUUUAGCUAUCCCACCUGCUCCUUGAAAAAGACAGGCCUCUGCAGCGCCCUAUAUGAGUCAGUCCACAUUCCGCCAUGCUCAUGCUCAUGCUCUUGCAUUGAAUGAGUUGAGCACAUAUAUUUUAGUAUACAAUGGAAAGAGGUCAUAAAAUAAUGGCUUUGAUGGUCCUCUGCAUCAUGGUCAUGCAGGGGUUUGGUGUAGGUGAGGAUUCAAAGAUUAAGAGAAGGCUACUGCAAACAGGGGGAACUGAUCCAGGUACAGUGGAUUGCCCAAGCAAAUGUGAUGCAAGGUGUGCAUUAGCAAGGCGGGCAGACAGAUGCAUUCAAUACUGCAUGAUAUGUUGUGAUAAAUGUAAGUGUGUGUCUUCUGGCACCAGUGGAUACAUUGCUGGUGAUUGUGACUGCUAUGCAAAAUUGAAGAACUCCAAAGGAGGCCACAAAUGUCCUUGAAAUCUUACUAAUUCUCAUGCUAUGUGGGUUCAAGUGAGAAGUAAGAAAAACCUUGUAUGACAGCACUUAUGAGAUGAUCUGUAUAUGUAAUGGGACAGCAUUUUUGUUGGGUGCUUUAUAGUUUGUGCAUUUAUGGUCUUUGUAUCUGAAUAAGUUUGAAUUUUGGUGUAUAUUUGAUGUUGUGAUUUUUCAUA